UAGGGCUUUAGGCAAAACGCGAGCAAGAAGAGAUACGAUGUCUAGGCGCUCCAGGAAUGCUUCUGUGCCGGAUCCGGCAGCGUCUAGUGCCUCUGGCGGCGAUAUUUCGGAGGCGGAUCGAUCGAUUGCGGGCGAAUCUUCAUCCCGGGCGUCGGCAUCGGAGCUUGGCGGCUUGAUGAUGCAAAUGAUGCUCGACGACAGGCCAAGCCUCCGGAUGAGAAAUUUCUUUGUCUCGGCAUCCGAGAUUCUAAGCGAGGGUCCCCCAACAAUUCGCAAAAACAUGGGGAUUGAGCUCUCCAACCUUCCCGACGAUGAGGACGCCUCGACCAGUGGUAGUGCGCCUGCAUCCUGGGAGAGCCUUCCGGAGCUCAAGGAGGACUUGUAUCCCGGCAUCUCACCAGAGGCUCAAAAACGGCAACGACUCCAUAGCUUGAUCACGAGGGCCCCAAGGGCGAUAGCUUUUAAGCUUGAAGACAUGAACCGCCUGCGAAAGGAGCAACUCUCUACAUCGGCGCUGAGUGGGACUAUCGAGGGAUUCAAAUUGGGCGGAAGCAACGAUUUCAUCCUCUAUCUAUCCGGGCCGAUCGAAGUUCGUCUCCUGUUUGUAGCUCGAAGCGACUCUUCCCUGGAGGAACUGGACGCACUAUAUCCCAAGGGAGCAUCGGUAACCGUGAAAAAGCACUUUCGGCUGGAGGGACGCUGCGUUGUUGAUAAUCCAGGAAGCGUAGAGAUCACGUCCUGCUUCCCGACGACCAUGGAACUCUGCCAGAGAACAUCAAGCGAGCUUCGCAGCUUGGGUAACGAGCACUUUCUCAGGAAGGAAUGCCUGGCGGCUGUGGAGCUCUACAACCUGAGCAUUUCGAAGGCUGACAACGAGAGGGACAAGCUUCUGGCUCUCGCAAACGCUGCCGAGUGCUACCUUGAGCUCGAGAACUUCUUCCUUGCCCUUCAGAACGCGGAGAAGGCUCUGGCGCUCGCGGAUGCCACGGAGAACGUCCCCACCUUGGUGAAGUUGCUGACGAGGAAGGGGCGAGCUCUCCACGGAAUGCUCCAGUACAAAGACGCAGUGCAGGCUUACAAGCUAGCUCUCUCGCGCUGCAGCAACGGUGAGGCGUAUAACGAUCAACGGGCUCACCUCAUCAAGCUCAUGGACAAGAGCGAAGAACGCGACAUCUCCGACGACCUCCACCGCUACCUGAGCCGAGGCUGCAAGAGCGACGAUGCUCCACCUUUCCUAGACUUUGUCGGCCCAGUGGAGCUUGCUCCCCGCGAAGAAGGUGGCAUCGGCCUGUUCGCCACCGAGGACAUCAAGCCUGGGAAAAUCGUCCUUCUGAGCAAUGCACUGGGCUACGUCCGUGACAUGUACGCCGAGCAUGCCGCCGUCGACGUCUACGUCAAGCUCUUGCGAGCCGCCCUGACCUCUCGAAGAAGUUGGUUGCAGCUCCAUUACCUUUGGAGCCAGAUUUUCGACGAGGAUAACGCCAGGAUCCCACCAAUGCAAGUCUUCAAGCCAAACUCCGACAUUGACUGGACAAAGAAGCGUAACGUGGAGACGGACAAGAUCAGGCAGAUACUCGAGCACAACUUCAAGCUGGGCUUCCUGGGGGGCGUGUGGACGCUGCCGGGAUUCAUCGCACACAGCUGCCGGGGGAACUUAUGCGUGGUGCAAGUUGGACCCGCCAAGAUCUUCCGGGCUAAUGCGAAAAUCCCCAAGGGAGAGGAGCUCACGUACUCCUAUGCUCCUUCACUUGAGAUGCUCCCCGUGGCCCUCCGCCAAGAGUUUCUCAACUGGUGCCGGUGCUGGCGCUGCACGACCGAGAUGCUCUACCGGCGAUGCGGCGGUCCCUACGAGAGCCUGUGCCUUCGCUACCUCAAGCAUCUCAGGGAGUACAGGAGAGUCACCGAAGUGAACCCGAAGAACAGGCGGCAGUUCAUGGUGGAGCAAGAGCUCGUCCAGGUCGCGAUAGACUCGGAGGAGAUCCUCAAGCACAUGACCAACAGCAAGCUGAACAAGACGGUCCUACGCAUAUCCUUCGCUCCAGCGUACCUCCUCUACUUCCUCUACCAGGAUUCCGCCCACCCGAAAGUCGCUGACGAGUUCUGCAACGAUUUCAUGCACGCUACCGCGACGAACCUCGAGAGCUUGGAGACGCUCACGGCAGGCUUCCUUCCCACGGCGUUCUACCCGACGAUGACGAAGGAGGAGGAGAAGUGGAAGACCGUGGCGGAUAUGGCCAUCGACUUCUGCUUCAUCAUGCGCUAUGGAGCGUCGAUGACGAAGAGCGUGACACUCAAAUUCCUGAAGUGGUUGCAGAGCGAUGAGCCGGACAAAGCCAGGCGUGCCUGAGAAAAAAUAUCGCACGAAACUUUGGACGGUGGUUUCACAAUGACAAGAUGGCUUCGCUGAAAUCUCUGUGCCCCGGUGUUUGGGUUUUAGAAGUUUUAGAGCGAGAGGAGGUAUUAAUCCGGUGUCGGUUCC